AUGCAGGAAACAAUGACGCCGGUAAUUACGGUGGUAGUAAUAACGAUGCAAGAAACAACUAUGCAAGGAAUAGCGAUGCGAGAAACAAUGGCGAGCGGAAUAGCGGAUUCGGAUUUCGACCGGGCAGAAUUCCACGCGGACGCGGUUUCAGAGCUCCGAACUACUGAUGCUGGUCAGCUAAAUAAUAAAUUUGUGACGGUACUUAUUAAGCGCGCGUACGUUCCAGUAACUCUAUAG